AAUGACAUACUGUCAGUCGGUCACCUGAUUAUUUACGUUUUUUAGAUCCUUGUUUAUUCUUUAAUAAAAUAUUAAAAUUUGCAGGAAAAACGUAAAUUAUUGUGUCGAAGCCCAAGAACGUCGCAGAAUCGUAAUAUUGAUCUAAUUUAAAUCGGGUUAAUCAACUAUUAUAAGACACGUCAGGUAUUUGAAGCCAACCUAAAGGACAUUAUGGCGGCGAGUACGUCAUCGUCAGCAGAUGCAAUUGCAGAAAGCAGAGGCGAUGAAGGAAACCAAAAUACCAGUGAAGACGAGAAGAAAGAAGAGAGUCUUCUAGAAUGUAACAUAUGCUUGGACACUGCCAAAGAUGCUGUAGUUAGCUUGUGUGGGCAUCUUUUUUGCUGGCCAUGUUUGCAUCAAUGGUUGGAAACCCGACCGAACCGACAAGUAUGUCCCGUAUGUAAAGCGUCAAUCAGCAAAGACAAAGUGAUCCCACUUUAUGGCAGAGGAAACACCAAACAAGAAGAUCCAAGAGAAAAAGUACCGCCAAGACCAGCCGGUCAAAGGACGGAACCGGAACCGGGCAACAACUUUUCCGGUUUCGGGUUUGGGGAUGGCGGGUUCCACAUGUCGUUCGGUAUCGGGGCUUUUCCAUUCGGAUUUUUCACGUCGACUUUUAAUUUUGGCGAACCCAGACCGAACAUGGCCCCCCACGGUACACCGCAGUAUCUGGAAGAGCAGUUUUUAUCGAAAGUCUUUUUGUGGAUAGCCCUCCUCUUUAUCGCUUGGCUCUUGCUUGCCUAGUAUCAGGCUCUGGAUCUCUAAUGUAUCCCUAUUUUAUGUAUGUAUAGUGAUUGUGGCUAAAUAAUUGAAAAUGAACUAGUCAGUAAUAUAUUAUUGUGGUGGUACUCCUGGGCAUAUUUACGCGUUGCGGUUUGGUUCUGAAAUAGCAAACGGUUUUUUUUCUGCAUUCUAGUUAUAGCCUAAAUUGUAGUAUAUGGAUGUUAUAUCUUAAAUAUAUUCAUUAAAUUUG